AUGUUGGAUGCCUUGGGGAGUGAAGGUGCGAUGUGGACCCACAAGAUCUUAAAAAAGAUUUGGAAUGGAGAGAACAUCCCAGAAGAUUGGAGGACAAGUAUACUAGUGCCAGUGUAUAAACAGGAAGGCGAUGUAUUAGAAUGUGGGAACCACCGUGGUAUGAAGCUCUUGGAACACCUCUUGAAAGUUGAGGAAAAGAUCCUGGAUCAGAAGCUCCGAGAAGUGGUUGAUAUAGGAAACAUGCAGUUUGGCUUAAGACCGUGGAGAGGUACGACUGAUGCUGUAUCUAUACUCAGGCAGCUCCAAGAGAAACAUCUGGAAGGCGACAAGAACCUAUACCAUGCUUUUGUUGACUUGGAAAAAGCAUUUGAUAGGGGAAUAUCGGAAGAAUUUGAAGUGAAAAAGACACCCUUUAUGGCCAACGAAACUUAUGUUCGUUGCCUGGACAAUGAGAAACCUUAUGCUUCUGCCAUGUGA